CUAACCUAGCUGCUCCUUCACUCGGUGGUUAGCUAACGUUAGCCUGGCCGCGUUUAUUGACGUGAGAGGGGGGGAAGAAGGAAAAAAAAAAACACACACAAGCGAAUGUAAAAGCGUGUCUGUGCGACCUGUUUUACGACAACAGCCCGUCACUGUUUCCUAGUCGUCGCUGUCGGGUACGGUAAGAAGUGGUGUAUGGUUUUUGUCGUAGAGAAUACUUUGCUGGCUAGCUAACAGGCUAGCUAUUUGUGUGUGUAUUCAUCGACUGAGGAAAACGCCGAGUUUUCUUUGAAAGUAUGGAUGACCAGACCAGGAUGAUGACGGGGCUCACCGGACUCGGUGGACUAGCACAAGCCGAUGUCGGUGACCCGGACUCGGUCAGGAAACAGCAGUCCCUCGGUCAACCCCAACAAGACAUAGGGGAUAUCUUACAGCAAAUAAUGGCCAUCACCGACGAGAGCCUGGACGAAGCGCAGGCCAGGAAGCAUGCCCUGAACUGUCACAGAAUGAAGCCAGCCCUCUUCAGCGUUCUCUGUGAGAUCAAAGAAAAGACGGUGCUGAGUAUACGAGGUGUGCAGGAGGAGGACCCCCCAGAUCCCCAGAUCAUGCGGUUGGACAACAUGCUGCUAGCGGAGGGUGUGUCAGGACCAGAGAAGGGCGGAGGAUCGGCUGCAGCGGCUGCAGCUGCAGCAGCAGCAGGGGGCUCACCGACCGACAGCAGCAUCGAACACUCUGACUACAGAGCCAAGCUCGCCCAGAUCCGCCAGAUCUAUCACUCUGAGCUGGAGAAGUACGAGCAGGCCUGCAGUGAGUUCACCAACCAUGUAAUGAACCUGCUGAGAGAGCAGUCUCGCACGCGGCCCAUCUCACCCAAGGAGAUUGAGCGCAUGGUGGCCAUCAUCCACCGCAAGUUCAGCUCCAUUCAGAUGCAGCUCAAACAGAGCACCUGCGAGGCUGUCAUGAUUCUGCGCUCACGCUUCCUUGACGCCAGACGUAAGAGACGCAACUUCAACAAGCAAGCCACGGAGGUGCUGAACGAGUAUUUCUACUCCCACCUGUCCAACCCUUACCCAAGUGAGGAAGCCAAGGAGGAACUGGCCAAAAAGUGUGGGAUCACUGUAUCUCAGGUCUCUAAUUGGUUUGGCAACAAGAGAAUACGCUACAAGAAGAACAUCGGUAAGUUCCAGGAGGAAGCGAACCUCUACGCAGUUAAAACGGCAGUGGAUGCUGCCAAUGUGUCUGCGCAGGCUAGCCAGGCUAACUCUCCAGCAACACCCAACUCAGCUGGGUCACCGGGGUCAUACAGUUUGUCUCACACAGGCGACGCCUACCUCAGCCUGCGUUCCCUCAACGGGGAGGGUCUCAACAUCGCCCCCUCUCUACAGCCGCAGGUGGAUACCCUGCACCGUGCUACACACCUGACGGGCGGCUAUGAGGAGCUGUCGGGUAGUGGCCUCUACACCCCUCAUCGCCUGGAUGCUAACAGCUGGCAGGACACCACCAACCCCCCCUCGGUCACCUCUCCUCCCGGUCCUCCUGGCAGUAUCCACUCGGACACCUCCAACUGAUUCGGUGGCUCUUCCUGCCAUCUCUUCAUUCCCACUGCGGUCUGCUCUGACUUCCAUCCUCUGUCUUCAUUUUUCUCUAUUCCCCUCGUCUCUCAACCGGACAGCCCACAUGGCUGUGCUCGCAUUUCAUAAACACACACACUGUGCUGGAACACAGGACAGCCGAACAGUAGUUAGGAGGAGGAGUUUCCCCCCUCCACCCCACAGCUCCACUUCAACGCUAGAAGAUCCUUAACUCAGAAUAAAAGAGGGAUGGAGCUCACUGAUGCUGAGACAGAUAGAAAACAUCUUUACUAUAAAGGACUUUUUGAAAAACCACUGACCCAGCUGUGUAGAUGAUCAUGAUGUCUGUACAUUGUGUAUAUGCACGUUAACGUCACACAGUACUCACACUGCUUGUCCAUGUGCUGUUGACCUCUGCACUCGACCCUUUGCUUUGGAAAACUGUGCGUGAUUGCCUGUAUCUCUUGAAGCCUUGGCAUUUGACAGCCAAACUAUUGAUACGGAUCACCUCGGAGCUCUGCUCAGCUCGCUCGUACCAAAGUGCUGCCCCGGUAGUUGUCAACAUCUGUUCCUCCGAGAUCACCCUCUGCCAACUCAACACAAGACACUGUUAUAUCCUCCAGCCCUUUAUCGCUUGAUGUUUCAUUCUGUUGGAGAUCUAAACAAGGUCAAUUAAUUGAGACAUGCACAAACGUGUGUGCGCCCCCGCUUCCAUAACACACACACACACACACACACACACACACACACACACACACACACACACACACACACACACACACACACACACACCUCACAACUUUGCAGUCGUUUUCAUAGUGAGCCGACAUAAAAGAUGUGUCGAGCACAACAGUUAGCAUCCUUGUUAUGGGUGUCUCUACCUGUGAAAGGGUAGUUAAGGGGAUCACUGUUCUAAACCAGGCAGGGCAGGUGAUAAUAGGGCUGGUGAGAGGAGGAGGAAAGGGCAGAGAGGAGAAUAUCUUUGGUUGAGUGGAUGUAACUAAUAGCCCUUUUUGUUGCUAACCAUUAGGGGGUGUUGGUAGAUGGCUUGUAGACUUUACUUCUUGCUUUCUGUCCACUAGUUCAUUUGAUUGUAGGCUAUUUUCUAAUGCUGUUUCACCAAGAAUGCACCAGCCACCACCAAAAAUGAGCUCAAUAAAGCAUCUAAAUGACGUUAGGAGAAGGGUGGAAAGAUUGUGGGGCAUUGAUGUGUUAUUGGGACAAACGUGACAUGAAUUUAGAAACGUGACUGUCUUCCAUGCAUGUAGGACUUCUAGGCGUGAUAUUAUUGUUUUCAUUUAACCUUCCAAGUUUUUAGCUUCGUUUUUAUUAACAAAAAAAUAAAAAAUAAAGGGUAUAAUUAUUACAGUCAGACCAAAAAGGAAAAAGUGCAUCAUGUAUUGCUAUGAUGUGUGUGUCUCUGUGUGGGCGUGUGUACAGUGUUCUUGGGAUGUCUUAGUCAAACUGGCUGGUGCCCUCUCACCUUUGUAAGCGUUACGGAGACUGGGUGCUUCCACCAGCCAAUGACACACCAGGUGGGGUUCAACUGAGAUCACCCCCAUCUUGAAAAAAAACAUUUAAGCUUGUGAGCCCAAGGCAACACACUACAACCUUCAGUUGUACCAAAACCAAAAAUACCACGUUCAGCAAUGUAAUAAUGCUACUCUGUGUCUCUCUAAAGUUGGUGCACAGCCACCUUUUUCAGUUAGAGGAGAGGAGGGAAUUAUAUUUGUAUCUGUGUCUCUCUGUGUGGUGUUGUC